AUAUUUAUGUGUCAAACUUUGACAAUUCUCGGUAACAUACAACUCCCAUCGUUUAAUUCAAUUAUAUUUCAAAAAUGCACGAAGCCUAUCAAGUCCACUCUCUUCUAAAAUUAACAUUCCAAAUAGAGGCAAUUACAGCAUACGAUGAUAAUCUUCUCGUGGGUACUCGCCAGGGGCAUUUGUUUAUGUAUAGUUUAGUUAAAAACGACGACAAAUGUGAAGUGCAGUUGAUGAGGUAUAACAAAUCGUUUAGUAAAAAGGCCGUGCAACAGCUAGAAGUAAUUCCAGAUUACCAUUUGCUUGUGAGUUUGACAGACAAUUUAAUACAAUUGCAUGACAUAAACGCCAUCAAUUUCACAACAGUCCACCAAAUCCAAAAAUCCAAAGGCGCAACAAUUUUCGCCAUAAAUAUCCAAAAGAAAACCUCUCUGACUGGCGACACCAGCAUCUUAGUACGAUUAGCCGUCGCCGUCAAAAGAAAACUCCAACUAUACUACUUGAAAAACAAUGAAUUUUUCCAACUCAUGGAAGACAUAAACUUGGCCGAAAUUCCAAAAUCUAUGGUGUGGUGUGAAGAAACAAUCUGUGUAGGUUACAGAGGUGAAUACGCACUCAUAGAAUUAAAUGGACAACAAACUGACCUUUUUCCGACCAGCAGCAGCCGGUCUAGUGAACCCUGUAUCGUGAAAGCAUCAGACAAAACGUUUGCUUUGUGUCGAGAAUCCCAAACUGUUCUAGUCAAUGUGUUGGGACAGACUGAAAAGACCAAAGCUUUGCGGUGGUCCGACGUUCCUUUAACUUUAGCGUGGGAUGAACCAUACGCACUUGGAGUACUUCCAGAGUGUAUAGAAGUGCAAACUUUGGAACCUCCUGGUGUAGUUCAAACUUUACCAGAUCUUUCAAAAGUGCGAUUCAUUAUUACCUGCCAACAGGGUUUAUUAUAUACCGCGUCUGUAAGUCAGGUUUGGUGUAUUUGUGCCGUGGAUGUGGCACGUCAGAGGAAAGUCUUGUUGGAUUCUAAACAGUUCCAGUUGGCUUUAAAAUUAACAGAAAUUUCAAAUGAAAAUGAAGAGGAUAAGAAGGAGAAGAUUCACCAGAUUCAGACACUGUUAGCUUACGAUCUCUUUGCGAAUAAACAGUUCCACGAGAGUAUGAAAGAAUUUUUGAAAUUGGAGACAGAUCCUUACGAUGUGAUUAGGCUGUUUCCGGACUUGCUUCCUCAACAGACUGCAGCUACGGAUUAUCCGGAACCUCCGAAGGAUUUGACUGAGAAAGAACUAGAGACUGGAUUGUUGGCUUUGAUUGAUUAUUUGACAGAGAUGAGACAUAGACUUCAGUCGGAAACGCAAGCGAACGUAAACGCUAGAGGCAAUCUUAACGAGAAAACUAAUUUUAGUAAAUCUACCCAACAGCUUUUACAGAUCAUUGAUACGACACUUCUUAAAUGUUAUCUACAAACUAAUGAUGCUCUAGUAGCACCUUUGUUGAGAUUAAAUCAUUGUCAUUUGGGUGAGACUGAAAAAAUCUUGAAGAAAAUGGGUAAACAUAAUGAGCUUAUUAUUUUGUACCAAACGAAAGGACAGCAUAGGCGUGCUCUGGAGUUGUUGCAGGAGGAAGCAGGAACCGAACGAACGAUAGCUUAUUUACAGCAUUUGGGUGCUGAUAAUAUGGGAUUGAUAAUCGAGUUUUCCGAUUGGGUAUUGACUGCCUCCCCAGAAGAAGGACUAAAGAUAUUCACUGAAGAUUUGGCAGAAGUAGAAGCCCUUCCCAGACCGCGUGUGCUAGAUUUCCUCCUCCGCUCGCACGCCUCAGUCGUUAUACCGUACCUAGAACACGUUGUCCACGUUUGGGAGGACAGCAAUCCACUCUUUCACAACGCUCUGGUCCAUCAAUAUCGCGAAAAAGCAGUAAGCGAAGGACCAGCAGCUGCAGAACACACGCGAAAGAAGUUGCUCGAAUUUUUAAAGAAAAGUCCACAUUACACAGCGGACACGGUUCUCGGCCACUUCCCGACUGACAGUUUACUAGAAGAAAGAGCCAUCAUCUUAGGACGGUUGGGAAAGCACGAACAGUCAUUAGCCAUUUAUGUUAGAGCCUUAGGAGAUGUACAAAAGGCGGUAGAAUAUGCGCAAAAAGUGUACGAAUCGAACACUCCAGGAUGCCAAAGCCAGGUUUAUGCAUCUUUGAUUAAGCUCGUUUUGAAUCCAGACAGUUGUCCUCUAGCGCUUCCAGGACUGACUCUCUCACCGAAAACAGCACAACCGGAUCUAGAGCUGGCUCUAGAGCUUUUAAAAGAACAUGCUUUCAAAAUGGAUCCUUUGGAGGUUCUUGCGGUGUUGCCAGACAAUGUCCCGGUUACGAGAAUUCAUAAGUUUUUGCUAGUGGCUUUGCAAAAAGCGGUUAAAGAGAGACGGAGGGUACAACUUUUAAAGGGUUUGCUCUACGCGGAACAUCUGCAAUGCCAAGAAAUGCGGCUCCACUUACAGAGUCAGCAUGUUUUGGUUACGGAGAUGAAUGUGUGUCAAGUUUGCAAAAAGAGAUUUGGAAAUCAAAGUGCUUUGAUACGGUAUCCUAAUGGUGACGUCGUCCACUAUUCCUGCCAAGAAAAGCGCCUAUGAACUGCGGACAUGUUGAUCUAGGAAAAGUCUCAGAGCAACGAUACACAUGUAACGAGUACGUAAAUAAUUUCUGAAUUCUUCAAACAAGUUUAGUGAUUUUUUAAAAUUUUAAAUAAAUUUUGUUGUAAAAACUAUUACUAAUCAAGAAUAUGUAUAUCUUUAUAAUCGAAAGUAUGACUUGUGAUAUAAACUUUAUAGAUAGUUAAUUCUUAAUAUGGCACCUGACGCGUAUUAAAUUAAAUAAAAAAAAUAUCUAAAAAAAA